UUUAUAUUGCGCGAGCUGCGACCCUCGACCUGCGACCUGCGACCUGCGGUAGAUAGCCGAAAAUUCUAAACCCUGCACUCUGUUCACUGUCUUCCCCAACAGCAGCGUCCACCGCCAUCGCCACCCAUCGUUACCGGAAACCACUUCCUCCAACUUCAAGAGUGUCUCAUCAGUGACCUAUCUAUUAGGGAUUCCUAAAAAACAAGAAGCAGAAGCAGCGGCAGCGGCAGCGGCAGAAGCAUGUCAUCCCUAAGGAAUGCUAUUCCCAGGAGGGCUCACAAGGAGCGAUCUCAACCGCACUCGAGGAAGAAAUAUGGACUCCUUGAGAAACACAAGGACUACGUUGUCCGUGCAAAAGCUUUCCACAAGAAGGAGGACACUUUACGGAGGCUUAAGGAGAAAGCUGCUUUUAGAAAUCCUGAUGAGUUUUACUUCAAGAUGAUUAAAACUAGAACUGUCCAUGGAGUUCAUAGACCAGAGAGUGAAGCAAACAAAUACACUCAUGAAGAGCUCAUGUUGAUGAAGACUCAGGAUAUUGGUUAUGUUUUUCAGAAACUGCAAAGUGAAAAGAAGAAAAUUGAAAAAUUGACUGCCACAUUGCACUCUCUUGAUAGUCAGCCAUCAAACAGGCAUAUUUACUAUGCUGAAGAUAGGGAGGAGGCUAAAGAGUUAAAGUCACAAUCUUCAGAAAAUAAAAUUGUGACUAGUUCUGAGGCUGUCCCAGAAAACAUUAAGAGGAAAAUAGCCAGUUCCUACAGAGAGCUGGAAGCCCGAAAGAACAGAGUAAAUCAGUUGGAGAAACUACAUGCAGAUAUGGCAUUACAGAAGGAAUUACAGAAAAAGGGUCGAAAGCGCAAACUGCGUGAGGAUGAGAUUGUCUGUCCAACUUCCAAAUCUGUAUAUAAAUGGCGAUCAGAAAGAAAGCGGUGAAAAGUGUGUAAUUAUCUUUUGGCUUCUCUAUCAAGUUGUUUGUAUGCCUCUAUUUAGCUUUGGGCUCCUGAAUAUUUUUAGGAAUGGUUUAUUGUGGGAGGUUAAAAAAACCUCUUAUGUUGGAUCACUUUAACGGUAUGAGCUCCUUGUCAUUGUCAGCUGAAGGAACUUGCCCUGGUGGUAUGAACUAUGAAAUGACAGGCAUUCAAUUGUAACCUUUGUUUUUUCUAAGAAAAUUUUUUUGACAGCUAAACAA